CCUUUUGUGUAGUAUGUCACGUCCAUAGAAAUUGGCAAAUGUCUCACCAUUUGUUACGAAAAAAUGGAACAUUUCUUUAUCAGUAAUAUAAGGCAUGUCAAUGUUGCUGUUUAGCACUGAAGAUGAAGGCAAUGCAUUCGUACUAAACGUUGGUAUCUACCCACAAGUCCAGACCUGUUAUAUCCCAGAUCAACAUUGACAUAUUAACUGAUGCGAGAAACAAUAAUCUCAAUGAACAGUAAGGCCUUGAAGACAGUAAUCUGGCACUGCAGGGUAUUCUGAUGGAAUUGAACCUGUUAAUAAAACAGUGUAAAAGAUAUUGCUACAAAAUUGGAAGAAAUGACAAAAUGAAAUUCUAGUAUUCCUCUAUCAAUAAAAACUGAAGAGCAGAUGAGGCCAGGGACAUUCAACAAGGAUAUGGAACAGUUUUAGUGAACUAAAUAAUAACAAGGAUUUCAAUAAUUUAUUCUUCUUCCAAGUUCAACAGUUGUUGAUAAAUCUCAUCCAGAACUUGGAAAUCAUUUUCAAGGUGAUAUUAUAAUGCCAGAAGGAAGAAAUGCCCUAUUAGUGAAAGAAUAUUUGUGGCCAUCUGGAGUAGUUCCUUAUGUCUUCCAUUCAAAUUUCACUGAAGAUGAGAAGGCUAAGGUUAAAGCUGGCAUGAAAGGAAUCCAAGAGAAGACGUGCGUGAAAUUUGUGCCACACACUUCAGAAGCAGACUAUAUUGAGUUUAGAAAAGAUCCACAGUUAGGUUGUGGAGCCAUGGUGGGUCGUCGUCCUGGGCGUGGAUUCCCAAUGGCUGUCAAUUACCAAGCUCCAGAGUGCCUACAAACAACUGGAACAAUACAACAUGAACUACUGCACGUGCUAGGGCUGUUCCAUGAGCAGGCACGGCCAGACAGAGAUAACUACGUUACCGUACUCUGGGACAACAUCAUUCCAGAAUUUAAAAACAACUUUGUCAAAGCUCCUGAUGAUGUUGCUACAACGUAUAAUGUUCCAUAUGACUAUAAGAGCCUAAUGCAUUAUCACAACACUGCCUACUCUAAGAAUGGAAAGAAUACUAUUGUAGCCAAGAAUGACACAUCACUUAUACUGGGGCAGGUCGAAGGCCCAACAGAGGGAGACAUCAAGAAGAUACGCAAGUUAUACAAUUGUAUAAAUGCUCAAGAGAGCACACUGAUCUUACCUUGGGUUUUUAAAUGGCUUAGUUCCAAAAAAAAUGUAAAACUAUAAUUAAAGAAUGGCAUCUACCAUACUAUUUGCCAAUAAAUAUUACUGGUGUAGUUUGCAUCAGCACUUGUAA